GGAAACAGGAAAAGCGCAAGAAGGAGGCUUUCACAUUAUUUUUUCAGUAAAGAGAGGGGACACGUUGCCUUUCUGAUUCACUCAGGCCGGCACCGAAUCCUGUUGACUUCCUCCCCCUCCCUCUCUUACCCUUCUAUUACUAUCUACAUACACAUACUCUCCCUCUCUCUCUCUCUCUCUCUCUCUCGAUCACAUACUCUAUAUAAACCCAACUACGCCCGCAUACUCUCCUCGUUUUUCAUUUCCCCAACUCUCUCUCUCUCUCUCUCUCUCUCUCUCAUUCAUUAAGCAAGAGGUAGCUAGAGGAGGCAGCUGCAGAUCGAUCGAUCGAUCAGAAAUAACUAAAACGUUCAAGAGUAUAUUAUGGGGAGAGCACCUUGCUGUGAGAAAGACGGGCUGAAGAGAGGACCAUGGACCCCCGACGAAGAUCAGAAGCUCAUCGACUAUAUCCACAAACACGGCUAUGGCAACUGGCGCACUCUCCCUAAGAAUGCUGGGCUGCAGAGGUGUGGGAAGAGUUGCCGUCUCCGAUGGACAAACUAUCUCAGACCUGACAUCAAGAGAGGCCGAUUCUCCUUUGAAGAAGAAGAAGCCAUCAUUCAACUCCAUAGCAUCCUCGGCAACAAGUGGUCUGCAAUUGCGGCUCGGUUGCCAGGAAGAACAGACAACGAGAUAAAGAAUUACUGGAACACCCACAUUCGAAAGAGGCUGCUCCGGAUGGGAAUUGAUCCGGUGACACACAGCCCACGCUUGGAUCUCCUGGACCUCUCCUCCAUCCUAACCUCUCCCUCAUCUCCUCUGUACAAUUUUAACCUUAACACGACCCGAAUGAACGUCCCGGGUCUUCUUGGGAUCCAACCCUUGCUGAACCCGGAGCUCCUGAGGCUUGCCACUUCCCUCUUCUCCCCCUCCCCCUCUUCCUCAUUCCAACGCCAAGAAAACCCGUGCAUUUUUCCCGAGAACAUGCAAGAAACUCAACUGUGCACUGCUCCCUUAACCCAACCGCAUUUCAACCAAUUGGAUCAGCUUCAAAGUACCCCGGAUAUGGAUCCGACCCGAAUCACUCCUUGUGCCCCUUUCCCGAAUGAAGCACAGCUGAUGGAGCCCAACUUGGACGUGCAGUUCCCAUCAAACCUCACCAGCUUUAGCUCCAAUUUAACUGAAGACUACAGCAACAUUCCUUCUAUUCCCUCCAUACCAGUUGAUUACACCUACAGCGGGUCGGUUCAGGCCACGAUGGAUGCUCCGUCUGAUAAUUCAACUCUGGUCUACAGCAAUAACCAGAGUAUGGGUUUCGGGUCGACAGUUUUAUCCUCAACGACGCCGGCUUCAAGCCCCAUCACUCCCUUGAAUUCGAACUCCACUUAUAUUAACAGCAGCAGUUACACCACGGAGGAUGAGAGGGAGAGCUAUUGCAGCAACAUGUUGAAGUUUGAAAUCCCAGAUCUUUUGGAUGUUAAUGAUUAUAUGUAAUUAUUUAAUAAUUCCAAAACCAAAUUUCUGGGAGAGUCCUUUGUGCCCUGCAACUUGUGUGGAUCCAUACUUGCAAAUUUUCUUUUAUUUCCUCGCUUUGCAGCUUGUCUUUAUGUUCCCCUUUGUUUUUAAAUUUGUGGGAAGUCAACUUUUGUUAUCAAUUAUAUUAAUUAAUUAAUUAUACUUGUAGUUUCUUUUUU